CCGCCCGGUGCUAGCGCGCGCGUUGAGCUCCCCACCGACCGGUCGGCGCCGGGGGCCGGCCAGCGACAGUGGACCCAACGGACGCCGAGCGACCGCGAGCCGCGUGCACUGUGUGGAGACGCCUCGCCUCUGAAGAUACCCGCCGCGCCCCGAACGGUGCCGCACGGACACUAAGGCGGGGGCGCCGGCCGCGGCGCGGCUCGAGCGGCAGGCCGUCGGUGUCGUGAGGAGCUCCGCGGCCGGGGAUGCCAGCCGGACUACCGUUCUCGGCGGCCAAGCCGCCCCUGCCGAUCUCCCGGCAGGGCUCGCGGCUGGACAUGCGCCAUGGAGACGUGACCUCUCUCCGUCGGAUCGCUGCCGACCUCGACGAAAACUGCCCCGUGUGCGGAAUGCCGUUCGACCAAGGAAUGAAACGAAAAAUAACCGACGCCUGCAGCCACGAGCGCUGCUACACGUGCAUGACCCAGUACCAGAGCUGCCCGCUCUGCACGACCCAGGGCGCUCCAGCCAAGAAGGUGGGCUUUCCGGGGAAGACGGCCGGCGGCCUGCUCGGCUCGGCGCUGGGCUCCAGCGUCUCCAGCCUUUUCCACGGCCGACCCAAGAUGAAGACCAACGGACACUUCGCCGCCUUCAUGCAGGCACGACACGACAACGGAUUGUCGCCGGGACGCGACACGCUCUCCGCAUCCCCGCUGCGGGACAUCGGGAACAGGAGUGGUGGCUACCUGGCGCCGGCCGCCGGCAGACUGUACAACACGCCGCCAUCCAGCCGCCGUCGGGUGGUUGCCAGUCCCAAGCUUCUCCGGCUGGCGGCGCGCCAAAACCGUAAACAACCGCUCCAAUACGAUCGGCGUGGACAGUCAACAGGCACUCUCAGCCCUCUGCCCGGAAAACGCAACUGGUCGGGACUACAUGAUAACUCGGCUCAGCUCGCUGCGGUCCAUAGACACGGACGAGGAGGGCGGCCGGCCGGAGGAUAGCGCGCUGUACGCGCGGCUGGGUCUGCUGCUCGGUUCGGGCGCCGAACCGCGCUCCCCGGGCUCGGAGCGCUCGCGCUCCAGUCGCUCGGGCGCCAGCUCGGGCCGCGACUCGCACGCUUCACUGGCGCACCUCGACGCCAAG